AUGGCAGAGUUUUAUAUGACUGACAAGCUCCCAAGCAAUGAAUUAUCAUUCACUAAUUGUGCCAUCUUCAGUGAUAAUGACAAAAUUACUGAAAGAUCCAGGCAUGUCCUUGUUCGAAACCCUGUUGGGUUACAGUAUGCUUUUACUGUUAAAGUCUGUAAGGAGAUUGCCAAAGGAAAAGUGGGUUUCAAUGCACUCCAUAGGAAAUGGGCACAAUUACCUCUUAAUACUAAAGUAGAGGUUGCAGUGCCUGGACCAGGUCACUUUGAUACAAUUGAAACUAUUAUGCUAGAGAUUGAUUUUUUUAACAAAAAAAAAGUAUCAACAGAAUCGUUGAACACUGAGCAUGUUGCUAAGAAUUUCAGCGAUACUUUUCUAAACAAUGUUUUUUCAGUUGGGAUGCCUAUGGCAUUUGAAUUCAAUCAAACUGUACUGACUGCUACUGUCAAAGAAAUCAAAGUGUUUGAUCUAUCCAAAAAUAUUGAUGGAGGUGCAUCAUCAAGAAUUGGUUUAAUUGGUUUACUUAUUGGUAAUUCCAACAUAAAAUUUCAAGCAUCUGAGAACUCAUCAAUCAUGCUGGUGGGCCGGAAUAAAGGGUAUCAGUCUGUUAUCUCUCCUGACUGGGAUUUCACUAAAAUGGGAAUUGGUGGUUUGGACAAAGAAUUCUCAACAAUUUUUCGACGUGCAUUUGCUUCUCGUGUCUUUCCUCCUGACAUUGUUGAACGACUGGGUGUGCGUCAUGUAAAAGGUAUCUUGCUGUAUGGCCCACCAGGUACAGGCAAGACUUUAAUUGCCAGGAAAAUUGGGAAAAUGUUAAAUGCAACUGAACCAAAAAUUGUGAAUGGUCCACAGAUUUUAGACAAAUAUGUUGGUGAAUCUGAAGCUAAUAUCAGGAAGUUGUUUGCUGAUGCUGAAGAAGAAGAAAAAGCUCGUGGACGAAAUAGCAAGCUUCAUAUUAUAAUAUUUGAUGAAAUCGAUGCUAUUUGUAAACAGAGAGGAACUGUAGGUGGAGGUACUGGUGUGCAUGAUACAGUAGUGAACCAACUUCUCACAAAGAUUGAUGGUGUGGAACAGUUGAACAACAUUCUUGUCAUUGGUAUGACAAACAGACGUGAUUUGAUUGAUGAUGCCCUUACUCGACCUGGUCGUAUGGAGGUGCAGAUGGAAAUUGGUCUCCCUGAUGAGAAAGGUAGAGUGGAUAUAUUAAAAAUUCACACCAAAUUGAUGAAGGAAAGCAACUUGCUACAUGAUAAUGUCAAUCUUGAUGAUCUAGCAUCAAAAACCAAGAACUUCAGUGGAGCUGAAUUGGAAGGUCUUGUUCGCUGUGCAGUAUCCACUGCAAUGAACAGUCUAAUCAAGGGUUCAUCUCAAGUAGAACUAGCACCUGAAGAUGCUGAAAAAGUCAAAGUUUCACAGGAAGAUUUUCUCAGUUCCUUAGACGACAUUAAGCCAGGUCGACGUCUGCUUGUAAUUGGUACAACAGGCCUGAAAGAUGUGCUUCAUGAAAUGGGUAUGUUGAAUACUUUCAUGCAGAACCAACACGUGGCUGUCCUCAGCAAACAGGAACACCUUUUAACUGCACUCAAUGAACUUGAGAUUUUCAACACUAAUGAAAUGAGGAGAAUCAAGGAUAGCACUAGAAAUAUGAGUUUUCGUAUUGGUAUUAAGAAGUUACUAAUGCUGGCAGAAUUUGUGCGACAAGUAGACCAGAAAGAACGAGUAGAUCAAUUCUUGUACCGUAUGCAGGAUGAAGGAUGCAUGUUUGCUGAUGAUAUGUAA